CCAUAAAGAGUUAUCAUCAAUAGUUUCUAAUUAUGUUCAAACACUUUAGAUAUAUCUGGUUGAAAUGAUUUUGAGUUUUUGGUUUAUUUCCUUUACUUGGCACAUAAAGAAUUGAUCAACUUGUUCGGCUUUGUGUCUUCACCGACACUUUUUCACGGCUCUUCUGUAUUUACCGUGACCCUUAAAUUUUACAGUAAUCUAUUUUAGACUAUGAGGUAGGUUCGAUAUAUCUCGCCAAGAUUAUUUCAUAAAAGAUGAGUUUUUUUUUUUUUUUCAAAAUUAGAGGUUAAUUAACAGCUGUAUCCGACAAAACUAUUGAAUGAUCUUUUGGAUUUUUCUUCUCUUUUAUGUUUGUAUAUAGAAAGCUGUUGGCGAGUUUUAACCUGUGGUUAUGUGGUAUCUGUCAUUGGUUGUGCCUUUGUCUCAUUAACUCUCCGUCUCUGAUUUAACAGAUAAGGAGUAGAUCAGAGUGCUAGCUUUUCCGGCUUUGAUCUAUUUCAUCGUCUACCAUGUGUCCUAUGGCUUUGUCGGCUCCGCCUUCAGGUUUUAUGAGUUCCUGUUAGACUAAUGAAGAAAUCAUUUUGUCCCUGGACCAAUUUAACCGUGGAUCACCUGUGCCUGAUGAUGUGAUUGUCGAUAAUCCCUAUCAGUAUGAUCCUUCAAAUUUGCCAGAUGGAGCAUGGUUUCUAGUAGGAUCAACAGAGAAAAAAGAGACAAAACAUGGAGACUGGAAAGCAAAAGGCGAAGCGUGUGAAAUAUUUGCAGAUUCUGUCAUCUGUGGUUGGAUAAGCACUUUUGAAUUUUCUGAAGUCGAAGCCCCUGUUGGAGAGAAAACUGGCUGGAUUAUGCAGGAGUAUAAAAUAACCGAGAAAGAGCAGCAUGAUCAGACCAAGUCUAAAGAGUCUUCUGUACUUUGUAGAGUUUUCAGCUGCUGCGAUGAGAACUUAAACAAUGAGAUGAAGCCAGAGCACGAAAACAAGGUCAAUAACGAAGAUCUUGACACCUGGGCCUUACAACUUAGCUUGAUGGCAUCAGUUAACCAUCACACUAGCAGUAACGAUGGGCAACGUUCAAUUGGUGAAUCCCAGGCAAACAACCAGACAGAAGGGGUUGGGUCAUCACUUGUUGACAAAUUUAUAGAUCCCUCUGAUGAUGAUAUAGUAGCUGAGUUAGAUUGCAUCUUAACAGGGGACUACCUGGAAGUCAACGACCUUGGUGAUGUAGCAUCACAUUUGUCUAGUUCAGAGAAUUCAAGUCGCAUGAGCUUGGCAUCUGAUGAAUAUUUCGACUCUCUGGCACUUUUACGGGAUUUGGAUGAUGAGAAGAAAGAAGAUUUGAGUGGAAAAGGUUCAACCAGCAAUUAUAACAUAAUGAUGUGCGAAAUAGCAAAUGAUGUGGUUGUGGAGAAUGCAUUUUUAGAGUCACUUAUUAAAGGGAGUGGAGCUGCAGCCAAAGAAACUGAACCAAUUGCUGAUAAUAACAUAUCCAGUGAGCCAUCCCCAGAUCAGGCUGCUAAGAGGCUGGAGGCUGAACGUACGGACGAAGGUCCCUCGCAUUCUUGUAGAGCAACGACAUCUUCCAGCAGCAGCAGCAGCAGCCAUGAACCUGGAGAUAUAGCAAGAAGGGAGGAGAAAAUAAUGAAGAAGCUAAUGAAGAUCCUGUGUUUUAUUUCUAGAUAAUCAUUAGUUGCUAUUUGUUGAUAGAGACAUGCAAGCAGCCUAGAAAAGUAAUACAACUUGGCUAGAAAAAGGAAGGGGAAAAAAAAAAGCAAAAAGAGAGAGAGAGAGAGAAGCUGGGGUGGGGGUGGAGAGAUAGUUUAAGCUAUUGAAAUAUUGAUAUGUUGUGCAUUAGGCUAAAUUUUAAACUUCAGUUGAGUUUAAAAUUCAGAAUAGGAAAUUGAUUUUGCAGAAAGAGUCUAGAACCAAAUGUUCUCUUUAAUACAGUUGUAAAAUUGGAAUAUCCUCAGUGUAAUAUAAGAGACAGAAUUUAGUUCUUUUUA